AUGCUUUCACCCAUUCAGCUGCCCCUUCAACCCUCCUGCUUUGAAGCUCUGUCGUGGUCACCCGAUGGCGAGAUAGCUGUGGCUGCGGGCGAACAUGUCCACGUCCUUAUUCCUAAAAAUGUCGUCGCAGACCCGGGGGCACAAGGCAAGGAUGCGUGGGAGAUCACGCGUAUUCGUGUCAACAACUUCACCAACGCCGAGUGGGCCUCCAUCUACCCACAAAACCGAGAUGAUUUCUCACUCGGAGCAGAACAGUCGAUGAGUACUGUCAUCGGCCUGGCAUGGUCUCCAGAAGGGCUCGCUCGGUUCCGGCGCAGCGUAUUGGCCGUGUUGACUUCGAAUUUGAUACUGUCCCUAUGGGAGCCCGUCGGACCCCAAGCCAUAUGGACACGAGUGGCGAUCGCUAACCAUGCACUGCAUCCGGACCCCUCGGCUCCCGGACAAUUAACUGGAGGACAGCUCCGUAAGGCCAAUAUACGCUCUUUUCAAUGGUGCCCACCUCUCAAGAUUCCAGGGAGACCUGACGGUUCCAAUUCGGCGUGGCAGCCGGAAAGUCGCUGGGGCGUCCAUUUAAUAUCCGUUGCAAAUGAUGCAAAUGAGGUCAUUUUGCUAAAAGUCUGUCGAUUCGUAUGUUCUCCACCAUCGACCUGGUCCUACCGGGUGGAGAAACUGGCUUCCCAUCAAUUGAACGCAGAAACUGUCCGAUUUUCCAAGAUCAGCUCCGAGUCUAUGUUACGGAAAGCCCUUGAAUUAAAGGCUCGUGUUCUGUCGGUCUCGACAGGCCCCUGGCUUGCCUGUCCGCAGUCUACAGAAGACAACGCCCACUCUGUUACAGCGGCCCUGGCCACUGCGUACGGCCAGCAGUUGCGUCUUGUUAAGAUGGCUGUUGUCCUUCGCAGCUCAACGGAUGACCAAGGAGAUGCUUUGAAAUAUCAAGUUUCAGCUGAAUUGUCAGACCACCCGAUAAAUCAAUCGUCCUCAAGAUGGGCUCAUUGCCAGGUGCAUAGUCCACUAAAAUGGAUAUACACGGAAAAGGCAUCAACAAUAGGUCUUGCGGUCGGUACUAUUGCCGGGUUCAUGACAAUUUCAAUGACACCUUCCAAUUAUAUGGGCAGUGACGGAAAGACAGAUGUAUUCGACUUUCGAAAAAUUCCCUCCUCAUCGUUCCCUGCUGCAGUGGACGAUGAACCAUCUCGAAGGUAUUGGGAUCCCAUCACAGCGAUGUCUACUUUGGUAGAUGAGCAAACGAAUACUUGUACCCUCCAUCUAGGUUCAGGGAGUGGUCUUUGUGCUACGACAACUCUCGAACACUUAAAAGCUGGUGUUAGCCCUGGCCUGCCGCGGUGGAGUAAGCAUGUCGACAACUUCCGAGAGCAAUUUGGCUUGGACCAUGAUCUGGGCGGGAAUACCGUGUCCCGAAUUGGAGGUCUGGCCUCCUAUCGUGACGUGAUCGCAGUCCUGAUCACGCCCAAUCCGACCGACGAGAUUCAAUACAUUGUCACGUCAGAUGAGAAAUCCUUCCUUGGAUUUGCUUUCGAAGGAGUCGAUCAAAACUUUAACGCAAAUUCACUCUUUACGCCUCGUUCGAACGAGGAAACACAGCCUGGAGCUAGCAAAAGAGAGAAGGCCGUUGAAUUUUUAAUCUCGCAAUAUGAAAAGGGCGAUGAUAUUAAUGAGAUGGACCAGAGGCUCAUUUAUGCAGCAGCAUGCUGUAGCAUUGUGGAUGAACAGAGUGAAUCAAUUCGCACUCGAGCUAGGAAGGUCCUUGAGCGCCUGGCUAUUCAUUUAGAUGCCGAUUUGAGCGAGGAAAUAUCCAAAUGUGAGGCCGGCCCUCCUCAAAUAUGCGCCAAGACUUCAGAUCAGUUCGCCCGGCCAGGAGGUCACUUGUUUGAAAAAUGCGAUAUUUGUGAUGCGAGUAUACCGUGGGAAUCGCCCGAUGAAGCCCAGUGUGAGAAUGGCCAUCUUUUUGCGCGUUGUGGGAUCACGUUCCAGGCCAUGCAACAGCCUGGAUUAUCCAAAUAUUGCUCCGGUUGCCAAACGGAGUACAUCGACGAAGAGCUUCUCGUUCGGGUGCAUGAUGAACCGCUGGGACCCGUACUCGCGAAGGUGACUCAAGCGUUUGAUACUUGUCUCCAUUGCAAUGCCAAGUUCAAGUGCAAGUUCAAAAGCCAGUAG